AUGUCGUGGAAGCUUCCAAGUGUUACCAAAAAGCUGAAGGAGACCCACUUGGCUCCUCUAGCGAAUACAUUCAGUCGCUCGUCAUCGACGUCUACUAUAGUUGACGAGAAGAAUGCAAAAUCAUCUGACGGCUCAACGCCCAAGACCUCGACAGAGAAAGAUGCAAAUGGCAUCGCUGCAUCCGAGGCGAUUGCGACCCCGGCUCCCGCCCCUCUCAAACCCGGUAUUCUCAUAGUUACAAUGCAUGAGGGAAAGAGCUUUUCCCUCCCCCCUGGCGCAGAGCAGGCAUUUGGACAGAGUCAUCACCAAGGAUCACUGUCAACUGGCGGUGGGUUCUCCGUAGCCGGCUCUGCCCGCCCAAACGCUUCUCGAAACCAAAGCGCUGUGGCUGGAUCCUACACCGCGUCAGGUAGACCUCAAUCUGCUGCUGGGAGCAUCAAUGCCGCCCCUACAAUUCACGGCCGAUAUUCUUCAAAACAUCUCCCAUACGCGCUGGUAGACUUUGACAAACAGCAAGUUUUCGUCAAUGCAGUGUCAGGCACACCGGAAAAUCCAAUCUGGGCUGGCGACAAUACACAGUACAAGUUCGAUGUCUCGAGAACGACCGAUGUCUCAGUAUCACUUUACAUUCGCAAUCCAAACGCACCGCCAAAUGCAGGGCGAAACGAAGACAUCUUCAUUGGCACCUGCAAAGUGACGCCGCGAUUCGAGGAAGUGCGUAUUUCACAAGAGGACCCUAAAGCAAGUAAGAAGGACAAAGCUGCUGCUGGCGAAUCAGAUCGCCAACUGGGUCAAAGUGGCGCAGAUUGGCUAGAGGUACAAUACGGAACAGGCUCAGUAAAAAUUGGUGUUCAAUUUGUUGAGAGCCGCCAACGCUCACUCAAGAUUGAGGACUUUGAGCUUCUGAAGGUCGUUGGCAAGGGUAGCUUUGGAAAAGUCAUGCAAGUGCAGAAGAAGGAUACACACCGGAUAUACGCUCUUAAGACCAUUCGAAAAGCACAUAUUAUCUCUAGGUCAGAGGUCGCUCAUACUCUAGCAGAGCGUUCUGUACUUGCACAGAUAAACAAUCCGUUUAUUGUCCCGCUGAAAUUCUCCUUUCAGUCGCCAGAGAAGCUGUACCUGGUUCUGGCUUUCGUGAACGGUGGCGAGCUGUUCCACCACCUGCAAAAAGAACAACGAUUCGACAUCAAUCGCGCACGCUUCUACGCCGCCGAGCUUCUAUGCGCGCUUGAGUGUCUACAUGGCUUCAAUGUAAUCUAUCGAGACCUGAAACCAGAAAACAUCCUACUUGACUACACGGGGCAUAUUGCACUCUGCGAUUUCGGACUGUGCAAGCUCGACAUGAAGGACGAGGACAGGACGAACACAUUCUGUGGUACCCCCGAAUAUCUUGCCCCAGAGUUACUGACCGGAGCUGGGUACACCAAAACUGUAGAUUGGUGGACCCUCGGCGUUCUCUUGUAUGAAAUGUUGACUGGUCUGCCACCAUUUUACGACGAAAACACCAACGACAUGUACCGCAAGAUCCUGACAGAGCCUCUGCAUUUCCCAGGACCUGAGAUCGUGCCCCCUGCAGCACGCAACCUAUUAGAAGGUUUGCUCAACCGUAAUGCUGAGAAGCGGUUAGGAGCAAAGGGCGCAGCUGAGAUCAAGGCUCACUACUUCUUUCACAGCAUUGACUGGAGAAAACUUCUAGAUCGUAAAUAUGAGCCCAGUUUCAAACCUAGUGUCGUCGAUCAACGUGAUACCGCAAACUUUGACCGUGAAUUCACGUCAGAGGCGCCCACCGAUUCAUAUGUUGAUGGUCCCAUGCUGUCGCAAACCAUGCAACAGCAGUUCGCAGGGUGGUCCUACAACCGACCAGUAGCCGGGCUAGGAGAUGCCGGUGGUAGUGUCAGAGACCCAGCAUUUGAAGGGGCCCUUGGUGACAGGCAGACUUAA